AAAACCUGUACGUAAUAAACAUUUGAUGAUCAAAAAACAAAAAGAAGAAGAAGAAGAAAGAAGAAGAUAAGACAAACAACAACAACAACAUGGUCCACCCCGAUCCAAACUUCUCCUCCUCCAGCGGCGCCUCCGACGGCGCCGGCAGCUCCGGCGCCGACGACUUCGCCGCCCGCAACAGCAGCUUCUCCGCCUACGACCCGAGCCGCCCGAGCGGCGAGGGCUCCCCAAUGAUGAUGUCACCCUGGAACCAACCCUCCCCCUUCGCAAACUCAUGGUCUUCGAACCCCGACUCGUCGAAAACGACGUCGUCGUCGGAGAACCAGCCGCAGAACAGCCUGAUCGGAUCCCUGGUCCGUGAAGAAGGCCACAUAUACUCCCUCGCCGCCAAGAACGACCUCCUCUACACCGGCUCCGACAGCAAGAACAUCCGCGUAUGGAAAAGCCUGAAAGAAUUCUCCGCCUUCAAAUCCAAUAGCGGCCUGGUGAAGGCGAUCAUAAUCUCCGGCGACAAGAUAUUCACCGGCCACCAGGACGGGAAAAUACGUGUCUGGAAGAUCAGCCCUAAAGACCCGAGCGUGCACAAACGCUCCGGCACGAUGCCGACGUUCUUCGACAUAUUCAAGGCGUCGAUCAAGCCGAGCAGCUACGUGGAGGUGAAGCGCAACCGCACCGCCGUCUGGAUCAAGCACACCGACGCCAUUUCCUGCCUGAGCAUGAGCCAGGAGACCGGACUUCUUUACUCUGCUUCGUGGGACCGGACUUUCAAGGUUUGGCGCGCCGAUAACUCGAAAUGCGUCGAGUCCGUUAGGGCGCACGAUGACGCCGUUAACUCCGUGGUGGCGAGCGUUGACGGGAUUGUGUACACCGGCUCCGCCGACGGGACGGUGAAGGUGUGGAAGAGGGAGCAGAAGGGGAAGUCGGUGAAGCAUACUUCCGUCCAGACGCUUCUCAGCCAGGAGUCCGCCGUCACGGCGCUGGCGGUCAACGAGAACGGCACGGUGGUGUACUCCGGCUCCUCCGACGGGCUGGUGAAUUUCUGGGAGAAGGAGAAGGAGCUUUCUCACGGCGGGGUUUUGAAGGGGCACAAGCUGGCGGUGCUCUGCCUUGAGGCGGCGGGGAAUCUGGUUUUCAGCGGGUCGGCGGACAAGACGAUAUGCGUGUGGAGGAGGGAGGGGGCGGUGCACACGUGUCUGUCUGUGCUGACGGGGCACACCGGGCCGGUGAAGUGUCUCACGGUGGAGAAGGACAAGGAGUCCGCCGCGGACGGCGGCGGAGAUAAGAAGUGGGUGGUCUACAGUGGGAGCUUGGAUAAGUCGGUGAAGGUGUGGAGCGUGUCGGAAAUGGCGCCGGAGCUGCAGCAGAUGGGCCAUGGGAAUUCUAACUGGGAUUCCAUACCGUCGGCCAAGUAUUAAUUAUUUAAUUAAUUGAUUGAUGGAGAAAAAAAAAUUAAUUAAUUAACAGUGGAUUUUUUUAUGUGAUCAUGGGCUUAUGUAAAUUAAGAGUUUAUUUUUUAUAUAUAUGUAUGUAUGUGUUGUUAAUUGGUGUAAUUCAUUGUGACUUAUGACUACUAUAUGAUUUUAAUUAAGUAUUAUUAUAAUAUUAGAGGAAUAAAUUU